AUGGCGUCAAGAAAGCCAGAAACCAGGCAGCACCGCAAGGUCCGGGUGCUGAAGGAUCGUGUGCGAGCGAUUGAGAAGUCACAGCAAGGACAGUCGGCACGAUCGAUCGCUCUCGCAAUGGGAGUUGGCAAGACCCAGAUCCAGGCCUUACUCCUGAACAAGGACAAAAUUAUGGAGGAGUGGAAGUCUGGCGGAAACACCAAUGCUAAGCAGCUGGCUCCCAACAGACGAGGGCAGUAUGCGGAUGUAAAUGAACUUCUGUUCAAGUGGUUCACGAGUGAGCGGUCUCGCGGAAUACCUGUGCCUGGAAGUUUAUUGCAAGAAAAAGCAAUGGCACUCGCAAAGGCAAGGGAUAAGGACACAACGUUUGCUGCCUCUAAUGGCCGGUUCGAAGCAUGGAAAAAGCGCCACAUCAAGGGAGCUGUGCUGUCGGGCGAAGCCGCUGAUGUCCGAGAAGAAGACGUGACCAGCUGGAAGGAACGCCUUGGGGAUCUGUGCAAAGGGUACGAUCCUAAGGACAUCUUCAACGCGGACGAGACCGGGUUGUUUUUCCGCACCCUUCCGAACCGUUCUCUCGUUGUUCGAACGGAUUCGUGCAAAGGCGGUAAGCAAUCCAAAGAGCGGAUCACCGUCCUCCUAGCAGCCAGUGCCAUGGGUGAGACGCUGAAGUCGUUGGUCAUUGGUAAAUCGGCUAACCCCAGGUGCUUCAAAGGGGUCAAUAAAGCAGCGCUGGGCGUGCAGUACGAGGCCAAUAAGAAGGCGUGGAUGGUGUCGGAUCUGUUUCGUAGUUGGCUGAAGUCUUUAGACAGGAAGUUUGCUGCAGCGGGACGCAACAUCCUGAUGUUCAUCGACAACUGUCCGACUCAUCAUCUCAUCUUUCUGACCUGUACAGCUCAGCGGCGGAUCUAG